AUGAGUAAUUCUCAAAAAUUUAAAAAUGAAGAAAAUCAAUCAUCAAUUGAUGAUGAAAUAAAAACUUCUAGAAUUUUGAAACAACAAGUAUACAUGUUAGAACGCUAUAUGUUUGUUGAAAAUCAACAACUUGAAAAAUUAAUUGUUUAUCAAAGUAAUAAUUCAAUAAUAGAUUUAUCUUGUCAAAAUUUAACUGAUCAUGACAUGGGAAUUAUUAUUCAACAUGCUGUUGUUGGAAAAAAAUGUAAAGGUCUUAAUUUAUGGGGAAAUAAAUUUACAUAUGAAAGUAUUUCAAUUCUUGCUGAUGUAUUAGAUGGCAAUAAAACAUUACGAGAAUUGGAUCUUUCAUAUAAUCAUAUAUCGGAUACUGGUGUUCAGAUGAUAUCCACAAUUCUUUCAUCAAAUAAUUGUGUACUUCAAGACAUCGAUCUUUCAUCUAAUGACAUCACAGAAAAAGGUGCUAUCUAUUUAGCCAAUAUGCUUAAGAAAAAUCAAACAUUAAAAGCAUUAGCAUUGAAUAACAAUAACAUAAAUGAUAAUGGAUUGAAAGCAUUAGUUGAUGCACUUGCGAACGAUAAUACUAAAUUGAAACAAUUAAAACUUGAAUCAAAUCGACGCAUAACACGAGGUGGUAUCGAUUAUAUAUUUCAUUCAUUAAAAGAUAAUAAAAAUUUAAAAGAAUUUUAUGUGAAAAAUUGCAAUAUUUUGGAUCAAGAGCUAAAGAUGUUACAACAAAAGGCGAUUACAUUUGAAUUUGAUGUUUUUAUAUAA